CGCAGGGCCGCGGGAGGCAGGUGGGCGCGGGGGGUGCUGAGGGGCGGCCCCGGCCCGGGCCCGGGCCACCCCCGCGGCUUCUCCGUCUGGGCAACCGACAGCGGUCGCUGGCUUCCUCAGAGAUAAGUGCCGAGAAACGCGGAGCGCGGCGGGACAGAUAGUGAAAAAUGCCUAAAAAGAAGACUGGUGCUCGUAAGAAAGCUGAGAACCGUCGUGAACGUGAAAAGCAGAUAAGGGCUUCAAGAGCCAACAUAGAUUUAGCCAAACAUCCUUGUAAUGCUUCAAUGGAAUGUGAUAAGUGCCAAAGACGACAGAAGAAUAGAGCUUUUUGCUACUUCUGUAACUCUGUUCAAAAAUUACCCAUUUGUGCACAAUGCGGAAAAACCAAGUGCAUGAUGAAGUCUUCAGACUGUGUUAUAAAACAUGCCGGUGUGUACAGUACUGGACUAGCAAUGGUGGGCGCAAUCUGUGAUUUCUGUGAAGCUUGGGUGUGUCACGGGAGGAAGUGUCUCAGCACGCACGCGUGUAUCUGCCCUCUCGCGGAUGCAGAAUGUAUUGAGUGUGAAAGAAGUGUCUGGGACCACGGAGGCAGAAUAUUCGCCUGCUCUUUUUGCCACAAUUUCCUCUGUGAAGAUGAUCAGUUUGAACAUCAAGCCAGCUGCCAAGUUUUGGAAGCAGAGACAUUUAAAUGUGUUUCCUGUAACAGGCUUGGGCAACAUUCGUGCCUGCGUUGUAAGGCUUGUUUUUGUGACGAUCAUGUGCGAAGUAAGGUUUUCAAGCAGGAAAAAGGAAAAGAGCCUCCCUGCCCUAAGUGUGGCCAUGAAACUCAGCAGACAAAGGAUCUGAGCAUGUCAACACGCUCUUUGAAGUUUGGCCGACAGACAGGAGGUGAAGAUGCAGAUGGAGCUUCUGGUUAUGAUGCCUACUGGAAGAACCUCUCCUCCAGCAAGGCUGGAGAUGCAGGUGACCGUGAGGAUGAAUAUGAUGAAUACGAAGCAGAAGAUGAUGAUGAAGAUGACAAUGACGAGGGAGGGAGGGAUUCCGAUACUGAGACAACAGAUGUAUUCAGCAAUUUGAAUUUAGGAAGGACGUAUGCUAGUGGGUAUGCACAUUAUGAGGAACCAGAAGAUUAAGCUUAGUGUGCUGGCAGGCUAAAAACACUUGGAAGGAGCCAAGCAGCGCUUCACUUGAGUUGUGUGCGUGCCAGUAGGAUAGCUCUAUCAGGUACUUAUAUAUCAAAGUUAGAAUAAAGAGUGUGGGACUUCUGCAGUAACUCCAGGUGAGAGGGUUUGUUUGGUUUUUUUUUUAAAGUAUCAACCAAUAUUGGGUUUGAGACUGGGGGAGAAAACAGGAAUAUUUUUGUUGCCCUAAGCAACUACAGUGGUUUUGUCCUUGAGUUACUAAGUAUAAUGGUUCAAUGCCAUUUCCCCCUAUUAAUACGAGAAUAUAGAAGGGCUGUACAACUUGUUUCCAUUUGCUCGUCAAAAAUUAUUUUUUACAAUAAUUUUUUUAACUGAUUUCAUAAAAUUAAUGUAGUGGUGGGUUGGUGACUGCAUUUUUUUUUGUUCUUCACAAUAAAAGUAAACUGCAUUCUCUAAUGAA